AUUUGUCAUUCAUAUAUGUCAAAAUCAAAACAUUCUCGAAAUACCUCCUCGUUCUUGAUUCCUUUUUAUAAAUUUUAUUAAUUAAAAAUUGAAAAUGUUUGGCGGCGGACGUGCACCGAUUUUAGUUUUAAGUCAAAACACUAAACGUGAAUCCGGCCGAAAGGUGCAGUUGGAGAAUAUCAAUGCAGGAAAGCAAAUCGCCGAUGUAAUCCGAACAUGCCUGGGACCCCAAGCUAUGCUAAAAAUGCUGAUGGACCCCAUGGGGGGUAUCGUCAUGACCAACGACGGCAAUGCGAUUUUGAGAGAAAUCACUGUGCAACAUCCGGCAGCUAAAAGUAUGAUCGAGAUAGCUAGGACACAAGAUGAAGAGGUUGGUGAUGGUACCACCUCAGUCAUAGUUCUUGCCGGAGAAAUGUUAGCUGCAGCUGAACAAUUUCUAGAACAACAAAUUCAUCCGACAGUAAUCAUCAGACAAUACCGUCAAGCCCUCGAAGACAUAAUUUCCCUUAUCGAAGGACCUUUGAGUGUACCCAUUGACAAAAACGACAAAGCCGCUCUUAGCAAUGUUGUCAGAGGUUGCGUUGGCACCAAAUUCAUUGGCAAAUGGUCCGAUUUGGCAGUGAAAAUCGCUUUGGACGCCGUCCAUACUGUGAUGCUGGAGGAAAAUGGUAGAACUGAGGUGGACAUUAAACGAUAUGCCAAAGUUGAGAAAAUUCCCGGUGGGUCUAUUGAAGAAUCAGAAGUUUUAACUGGAGUUAUGCUCAAUAAAGAUGUCACUCAUCCCAAAAUGAGACGUUAUAUUGAGAAUCCUAGAAUUAUUUUGCUCGAUUGUUCUUUGGAGUAUAAAAAAGGAGAAUCUCAAACUAAUGUUGAAAUUACUUCUGAUGGUGAUUUUACUAGAAUGUUGCAAUUGGAGGAAGAGCACGUCAGGAGGCAAUGCGACGAAGUUAUAGCCCUCAAACCGGAUUUGGUGUUUACCGAAAAGGGGGUUUCAGAUUUGGCUCAGCACUUUUUGUUGAAAGCAGGAAUCAGUGCUAUUCGUAGAGUAAGAAAAUCCGACAACAACAGGAUCGCUCGCGCCUGUGGCGCCACCAUAGUAAAUAGAACCGAAGAAUUGCAAGAAUCCGACGUCGGAACUGGAGCGGGUCUCUUUGAAAUCAAAAAAAUGGGCGACGAAUACUUUUGCUACAUCACCAAGUGCAAAAACCCGAAAGCUUGCACAAUCAUUUUGCGUGGUGCCAGCAAAGAUAUCUUAAACGAGACCGAAAGGAAUUUACAAGACGCCUUGCAAGUAGCCAGAAAUAUUGUGCUUUCGCCUCGUCUGGUACCAGGUGGAGGCGCAAUCGAAAUGGCUAUAGCCCAAAAAUUGUUGCAGAAAGCUACUCACGGACCUUACAGAUCUUUGGCACACGCAUUAGAAAUCAUUCCUCGUACACUGGCUCAGAACUGUGGCGCCAACACGAUCAAAACUCUCACUGCGCUCAGAGCGAAACACGCCAAUCACACCGACGUAAACUCUCCCUGCACUUGGGGCAUUGACGGCGAAUCUGGCGAACUCGUAGAGCAAAAAGAAAGAGGCCUCUGGGAACCUCUGGCGGUCAAACUUCAAACUUACAAGACGGCCAUCGAAACUGCCAUUUUGUUGCUGCGUAUUGACGAUAUUGUUUCUGGAUCUAAGAAGAAGGACAGGGAACCAGCAGGGCCUGCUCAGACUCAAGAAACUGCCGCUAUGAUGCAAGAUUGAUAGUAUUAAUUUUUAUUCUAAGCUUUUUCACGAGUCCCGGAAAAUUGUUCGGAAAUAGUUGUUCGAACGGAAAAUUCUUCGAAAUGAAAAUUUUUCAAAAGGAAAAUUGUUCGAAUGGAAAAUGGUUCGAAUGGAAAAUUGUUAAUAAAUGUACUUAUACGCCUCGGAAACGUAAAUCCACCAAAAACGUGAAACCUUUUUUAAAUACAACAGCGUGAAAUUUCAAUUAUUUUUCAAUAUCCGAUUACUUGCUUUGCUCACCGAAUCUCAAAGAGAAGAUCCGCGGAACCGGAAAUUCGGCGUUGGUACAAAAGAGCGCAGCUUUAAAGCGAGUAGACAAAAGGGCGCAGGUCAAAAUAUUAUUGGCAACCAGUACACUUCUAACCAGUAUUAAAUGAACUGUAACUAACUAAAAAUAUGCAAACUAACCCGUCCACGUAAUGCGUGCUAGUCCAGUAUUAAACGAACCGUGACGGAACUAAUUAAAAAUAUGCAAACUAUCCGAAAUUAACCCGUCUACCUAAUGCAUGCUAGUCCUUGUAUAUUAAUAUUAAAUUCAAAAAACCAAGAAUUAAGAAUCAGGGACAAAUAUUAAGAAUUAAGGAAUUGGGUUACUCCGGUCAUAGAUUCAUUCACAAUUCACAGUUAAACUAUUGAUUUUUCGGAAAAAAAAAACAAUUUUCCGUUCUAACAAUUUUCUUUCGAACAAUUAUUUCGGAACAAUUUUCCGUUCGAACAAUUUUCCGUUUGAACAAUUUUCUGUUUGAACAAUUUUCUGUUUGAAUAAUUUUCGGUUCGAAUAAUUUUCCGUUCAAAAAAUUUUUUUUCGAACAAUUAUUUUUGAACAAUUUUCCGUUGACGCUUUUUCAUAUUUUAAUGAAAAUUAAUCAUUUUGCUUUGUAUUACUUCACCC